AUGGACGCCUCUGAAGCUCUCCCAACCCCGACGGAUGUCGCGAUGGUCGACAUCGCUUCAACUGAUGCGGUUGCAAUACCCCUUGAGCAACCUGUUCUUUUUGAACCCGGUGAGCUGCGCCUGAAUACGGACAACGAACAACGUGCUUCAGUACCUGACUCUCAACCAACUAUGGGGACCACCGCUGACGCUGCUAAUGCUGAGGAUGUGGUGACGGUUUCUGGAACCGAAGCUCCCAAGAUCUCCGACUCGUCGUCUGUCUUUCCGCAGUGCGCUUGCGAGUCAACGCUGCCAAUUUAUGGGGAGGUCUUUAACGUUUGA